AGAUGGAGAUGGUACUUUGAUUUUCUUCCUCACAAGUUUCCAUCACAUCACAAAUAAUUCACCCAAACAAGCCACCAAUCCAUAAAUCACUCACCAACACAACCCUAAAUUGCAUCAGCGUCACACUUUACCGCCCAACAAUCCAAUCAAUUAUCCUUUCUCCUCCUCCUCCUCCUAGCCUUCUUCGUCUACUUCGAGAGGUCGAGAAUCAAAAAGAAUUGCAAGCUUCAGACAUCAGAGCUAAACCUAACGGGGGACGAGGGACGACGACGAUGAUGGAAGGUUCGUCGUCUGUAACUCCCUUGCUAUUCCGCAACCUUAUAACCUCCCUCUUCAUAUUAGCAGAGACUUCCAUUUCCAGCUUGACCCAAAAACACAAAACCCUAGAACUCAUACGCUACGUUUUCAUCUCUUCCUUCCUCUUUUUCCUGCGUUUACUUCUUUCUUUAAACCCUAGGUCGACCAAGAAUAAUGAAUCCUCCUUGUACGAGGCCGACUGUAGUAGAAGAAAUCACAAGUUUAUGCCCGCUGCUAACGCCGGAGGGGACGACAGCGACACGGCUAUAGCUCGAGCACUUUCGCAGCUACUGUCGAUCGUCAAUGAUAUCCCGGUAAGCUCCCGCAAGUAUCAAGCUGUUCGGUCUUUAGCGGAAAACGUCAUCCAUGACAACCAGCGAGAGGGCGUGGAGGCUUUGCGUCAAGUGAAUCGCACGGUUUUGUCGGCAGCGUUUUCAAGGACUCUUAGCCAGCUUGAAGCCGCUGCAACUGUCGAACAGCAGCACCACGGCGGAGGCGGCGAUGGUGAUAUUGGUGGUUUAGAUACUGGUCAUCAUCAUCACUGGAUAGUAAGGGCUGUUCGGUCCGUUGCAGAUGUGGUUUGGACAAAGAGGGUUAGCAGCGGCGGGUCGAGAAGCUCGGCGGAGAAACUAGCGGCGGAGCUGCUCUGGUUGGCUGAGACGAUGGCGAGUUGUGGCUUUGCUCAAGAGUCUGUGAGGAGAUGGGCGUCCGCUUCUAUAUUGGCUCGCCUCUCUCUUUCAGCCGAGCCCCGCCUGCAAGCCUCCUUAGUCAAGCUUUCAGCGUUGUUGUUAAAGUAUGCCAAAGACAUGGGAGUAAAUGAAGGUAUUGAUGAUGAUACUGAGAGCAAGAAAGAGCAGCAAAAAAGAAACGAAGCAAAGAUGCAGAUGCAGAUGUUGAUGUUGUGGAUUCCAUUGCUGUGCAUAGCAAGCAAUGGCACUGAUGUGCCUGUUUUGAGCGUCGGCGAAAGGGCUGAGCUUGAGAGAGUAAUGGAAGAGACCAUAGAAACGUUGGAAGAAGAAGAUCAAGAGGGAGUACUAUCCUUGUGGCUCCACCACUUCACAUAUUGCUCGUCUUCUGAUUGGCCAAAUCUACAUGCCUCAUAUGCUCGAUGGUGUAACGCAUCGCGCAAGCAGUUUUUAAUUCACAAUUCAUAAUUUACACACUUUGCUAGGUUGUAAUUAAGUAUAAACGAGCUUUGAAAUAGUCAUUACUCGUUUGAUAGGUUUAAGACUUUUAAGCUUUCCAUUGUGGGUUGGGAUUCAUAACUUUAAUAAUCGGCCCCAAAUUCUUGUAACCAAAGGGUUUCGACAACAGAAUGAGACUUGAGAGGAAAUCAAUUUGACAGGUAUGUCUUAGUAGUGAAGUUUGAAACUCUUUGUUCAUG